CACAUCACUCUCAUCCCACAGCCAAUAAGGGUCUGAUACAAGGACUUAUUCUCUGAGCGGAGCCCGGAUUCUUACAGACCUUCAUCUUCAUCGUCGGAGGAGCUUCUCUUCCCCUCUGAGGUGUGAAAUCUGCUGUCACCAUGUCUGACACUGAGGAAGUGGAUCAGCUAGAGGACGAGGAAGCCCAGGAGGAGGUAGUAGAAGUAGAAGUAGCCCCUGAGGCGGAGGCCCAGGUAGAAGCAGAGCCAGAGGUAGAACCUGAACCAGAACCAGAACCAGAGCCAGAGCCACAGGCGGUGGUGCAGCAGGUGGUUCAUGAGGAGGAAGAGGCCUAUGAAGAGGAAGUGGAGGAGGGAGAUCAAGAUGAGGAGAAGCCAAAGUUCAAACCCAGUGCUCCGAAGAUCCCUGAUGGCGAGAAAGUGGACUUUGACGACAUCCAGAAGAAACGUCAAAACAAAGACCUGAUUGAACUGCAGUCGCUGAUCGAUGCUCACUUUGAGUGUAGGAAGAAAGAGGAAGAGGAACUCAUCGCUCUCAAAGAACGAAUUGAGAAGCGCCGAGCUGAGCGAGCCGAGCAGCAGAGGAUUCGUGCUGAAAAAGAUAAAGAGCGACAGGCCAGGAGGGAGGCUGAGCGGCAGAGAAAGGAGGAGGCCGAUGCGCAGAGGAAGGCUGAGGAUGAAGCCAAGAAGAAGAUAGCGCUGACCAACAUGGGAUCGGGCUACAGCAGCCACCUGCAGAGGGUUGACCAGAAGAGAGGCAAGAAGCAGACUGAAAGAGAAAAGAAGAAGAAGAUUCUGGCAGAGAGAAUCAAACCCCUGAGCAUCGAAAAUCUCAGUGACGACAAGCUGAGGGAAAAGGCGAAGGAGCUGUGGGAGUGGUUGCACAGCCUGGAGGCGAUUAAAUACGACCACUGCGAGAAGCUCAAGAGACAGAGAUACGAGGUCAUCUCCCUCAGAAACCGCAUCGACGAGCUGCAGAAACACAGCAAGAAAGGAGCCGCCUCGCGCCGCAGGAAGUGAGCGGCUCCUCGCUGCCGGUCAGGACGGACAGGAGGUGCCUUCCUUCGGCUACAGCAGCGGCUCAUAUCCCGACAACACCCGCAGCUCCGGAACUACGGCAACAAGUGAACGUCUUACCGCCUGUGAAAAGAUUUCCUGGACAAAUUCAGCUCCAACUAAGAAAUGUUAAAAAUGUCAUCAGAUUGUUUGUGUAAAAAAUAAAUAAAUGAAGAUGUGACGGUUCAGACAAUAAAAUGCUAGUUAUUCAUCCCCCAGA